AGUUUAUUCCUUACACAAGUUUGAUUGUCACAAUCAUCAAAUAAUUAUAUAAACAGAAAUGGAGAAGUCAUGGACGGUUGUACAAUUUAUUGGCGAAGAUACCGUUGAAGCUGUGCCAUCUACCUGGAUUAUUAAUAAUAAAUGUUAUUGGCCGCCAUUUCAAAUGGAAAAAAUUGUAGCGGCAAUCAAAAAACAUGCCGAACCUAACACAUGUUGGCCUUCAUACGAUAUUAUAACUUUUAGAAACAGCACUUAUGAUAACUAUGGAACAGCUAGAGAAAAAGCUAAAAAGGCUGAAUUUACAUCUGAAUUGACUUCCGAUAAUGACAAUAACAAAAAUACGAAAAGAAAAAUUAAUCGGAGAAAGUUUUCUUCGUCAUCAGACGAUUCUGUUGAAGAGCAUACUAAAUUAUCUACCCCUCCAGUUAUGCAAGGUUUGUUUUAA